AUGGAUAAUACAGCUGAGCAGGUCAUUUUACUCAACGGCGAGGCCGACAAUUACAAUGGCGUUACCGUAACUAUAAAGGAACGAAUAGAUGCUGAGGUUUUCACCGAAAGGCUUAGGGCUUCGCUUUCGCAUUGGAGAGAAACGGGGAAGAAAGGGAUUUGGAUAAAGCUUGCACUUGGAUUUGCUAAUCUUGUAGAGCCUGCAGUUAGUGAAGGGUUUAGAUAUCACCACGCAGAGCCUGAUUACUUGAUGCUUGUGUCUUGGAUCUCUCACACUCGUGAUACAAUCCCAGCCAAUGCUUCUCAUGUUGUAGGCGUUGGUGCUUUGGUCCUCAACAAAGAAACUCAAGAGAUACUCGUUGUCCAAGAAAGGAGCGGUUAUUUCAAAGAUAAAAAUGUGUGGAAGCUGCCUACUGGUGUUGUCGACGAGGGUGAGGAUAUUUGCACUGGAGUAACAAGGGAAGUGGAAGAAGAAACUGGUAUUAUUGCAGAUUUUGUGGAAGUGUUGAGUUUCAGGCAAAGCCACAAAGCAUUCUUGAACCAGAAAUCGGAUCUUUUUUUCCUGUGUGCCUUAAGUCCACGGACUUACGAAAUCACUGAACAAAAAUCUGAGAUCUUGCAAGCUAAGAAGAAGUGUGAGGAAGAUUACUUGGGAUUCUCCACUGUGGAAACUACCACAGGAACUGGUAAGAAGAGCUUUAUCUACUGCAAUGCUGAUUACGCCAAGAGCCUUAACUCAAACCGUGGCCAAGCCUCUGCUUCUCUCUGA